CUGGCCGGCACAGUCCCGCUCUCCGCCGCGACGCCUGCACAUCCGGAGGACGUGACCCAAGUGCUUACUUAUCACUGCCGGCGCUGCCAUUCAUCCAGGACCAGUCAGCCACGGGAGCGGCAGCAGAAAAGGUACCAGAAGCGGCACUUCUCGGCAGCGGCCACCACAACAUGAGCCACGACAACCCAGCCUUCUCGGAGCAUCCGUCGCACACCGAUGCCGCCGAUGCCUUGGGCACGACGACAUCAUCUUACGGCACCAACCAGCACACAGUCGUCAACGUGAGCGACUUCAAAGGCGCCGCCUGCAAUGGCAACGCCGCCAAGACGCCGCAGCAGCAACAGGCACCGCCUCCCGCCUACAACAGUAUCAGCAGCAAGGAAGCAGAAGCUGCAGGAUAUGGAGCUAGUACAGGCAUCUUCGCAGUGGGGGAUGCUUUGUCACGGAAGGCGAGUGCAGCGCAGCAAGAGUACAAACCACAUUUAGAGCGUGAUGUCGAAAAGCCUAUCACAAACAUGGAGACGUUGCUGCAUCUACUGAAGGGCAGCCUAGGAACAGGCAUCUUGGCAAUGCCAAAUGCCUUCAUGCAUGCAGGAUAUGCCGUGGGUAUAGUUGGAACAUUUAUCAUUGGAGUGCUGUGCACCUACUGUAUCCAUCUCCUGGUGAAGGCACAAUAUGAGCUCUGCAGGCGGCGCCGUAUACCCAGCCUAGGCUAUCAGGAAACUGCAAUGGCUGCUUUUGAGGAGGGACCUCGCUUCCUUCGACCUCUAGCUCCAUACACUGGGCACAUUGUGAAUAUCUUCUUGCUGAUCUACCAGCUGGGAACUUGUUGUGUGUAUGUUGUAUUUGUCAGCAGUAAUAUAAAAUCAGUGGUUGAUGAAUACUACAGUGGGCUGGAUUUAAGGAUGUACAUGCUGAUUUUGCUGCUGCCAUUGAUAUUGAUCAACAUGGUUCGCAACCUGAAACUUCUGGCACCAUUCACAACACUAGCCAAUUUACUCACUCUGAUAGGCUUUGGCAUCACACUGUAUUACCUGGUCAACAGUGCUCCUACACUUGCAGACAAGGAGCCUUUUGGGACUCUUAAGGGUUUACCCCUCUUCUUUGGAACUGUGCUUUUUGCAUUGGAAGCAAUAGGUGUUAUUCUGCCUUUGGAGAACAGCAUGAAGACACCAAAGAGUUUUGGUGGAUCACUGGGUGUACUUAAUAGAGCCAUGGUUGUCAUCAUAACUUUGUAUAUUGGAAUUGGAUUUUUUGGUUACAUGAAAUAUGGCAGUGGUGUGAAAGGGAGCAUAACACUUAACCUCCCUAAUGAAGAGAUACUUGCACAGUGUGUGAAGAUAAUGUUGGCUAUCUCAAUUUUUAUAACUCACAGCUUACAGAACUAUGUGGCCAUAGAUAUAACAUGGAAUGGCUACUUGAGUGAAAAGCUUGAGAAACAUCCUCAUAAAGUUAUUUUUGAAUACCUUGUUCGUGUUUCCCUGGUCAUUGUCACAUUCCUGUUGGCUGUUGCAAUUCCAAAUCUGGAGCUGUUUAUAUCUCUGUUUGGUGCCCUCUGUCUGUCAGCACUUGGAAUUGCUUUCCCUGCAAUAAUACAAAGCUGUACAUUUUGGAACAAAGAAACCACUCAACUCAAGUUCAUCUUAAUGGUUAUGAAGAACAGUUUCCUAGUCCUGUUUGCAGCACUGGGUCUUAUUGUUGGAACAUAUAUAUCAAUUUCAGAUAUAAUUAAGGAGUUCAGCUAAGAUAGUAUUGCAAUAAGUCCUACAAACUUGUUGGGACACCAGUUUUAGGCUUCCAAAGUUUGGAGGGAUGAGCACCAUUGUUCAUAACUUCUUGUAAACCUGAUACUGCCAGAAAUUCUGUUGCCCCUAAACAUUGCUGUUACAUUACAAACUCCUAUAGAGCUGUGGUAUGUUUUAUCUGAGCACAUUUAGAUGCAGUACCAGUUCUCAAAUAAGAAUGGAGGGGAAAAAAAGGCAGCAGUUGAAGGAUGUAAAAUAAUGGAAAGCUCUGUUCAGAGGUGUUACAAAACGCUGCAGGAGCUCUAGUCUCAACUAUUGAUCAGUUAGGGCAGUAUUACUGGACCAUGAUAUUAUUGCACUUAGUCUGCCAUGGCAAGAAACAUGCGAUGACAAUACAAUAAAGUCUAGUGGUGACUAAUGAAAGUGAAUCACACUGAGUGAUUUAAAGACCUUUGUGCAUAUGAUAUAAAGUGGUUCAGCAUGUCCUCAUGAAAUAUGAGAAUCCACAAUAAGCCAAAUGAAGUGCCCUCACUUCCAUGUGCAAUAAUAUUGUGGUCUACUAAUAAAACUGGUUGGCAUUUUAGUUGCCUGUAGCAUGGCUACAUGAAAAUGAUUGAAAACUGUUGAUUACCACAAUUGCAAGAGUAGGAAAGUUUUUGCUAAAGUUAAUGUGGAAAAAUUUGUGAAACAAUGUUGAACAAUACUAAUCAGUUACCUGUCAUUCUUCAGCAACAGUUACUACUGUAACUGUAACAGAUUUAUGCAGUAAAAAUACUCUGAACAAAGAGGGCUAGGGAGGGGAGGAGUGGAGAAGGGUAGAGAGAAGAAAAGCUUUGAUACAAAAUAUUUAUCAUCAUAGCCUUCAAAAUUUAAAUCUCACUGAGUACAUAGUCCAAACUUUGUUUUACUCCUGACUAGUUCAUAAAUAGUGAUGUGCCAUUUGUGUACGAUAGAAUGUUAGGAUAUAAAUGUAAGCAGUUUACUGUGAAAUAAUUUUUACCAGAAAUGAUGAAAUUAAUUGUAAAUGCUGUGGAAGUGAUUUCUGUUCAUGUUGCUAGAAGUUCAAGCAGUCUUUGGAAAUAAUGUUCACUCAAAUGAAAGGAAUUAGUGUUCGUUAGUGUAGUGGAAAAGAGCUUUCCAUUGUUAACAAAAAAAAUGGAAGCUGUGAUAGGAAUAAAUGUUAGUUGAUAACAUUACCGCAACAAAGUAGCACAACAAAAAGUACAUCUGGUGCAGAAUGCAAAAAUAGCAUAAUAUGUAAAAUGUCCAUAAUAUUUGACAAAAAGGAAUAAAUUGUUCUUGUAUAGGAGUUCUAGGUACAGUGCAGCCACUUUUAAGAAUUACCUGCUUUUUCCUAAGAUAAAUGCUCUAUGAAUGCCUUAAAACAUUUUUUAGAGCUGAAAGAAAACGUCUACCAGGUCAUAAAUUCGUCGAAAAAUAAAUUUAAAGUACAGCAAGAGUUAAGAUAGUUAAUUUACUUUGAAUUUUCCUAAAAUUUAACAGUGUGGGUAUUUUUGGGCACAUCCAGUUGCAAAUAACUUCAUGAUAAUUUGCGUAGUUUUCCAGACAAAAAUCAUUGGUCACAAAUAGUUCAAACUAAGGUGACAUAACUAUUUUCCAGAAAUGGAAAUCAAUCUGUUUUCAAAUCACAAUAAUGUUAAUGGUGCUCAGUUGUAGAUGUGAAAAUUUUGUAUAUUAGUGUAUAUCUUGUAAAUAAUGUUUUGUUAUUUAUUAAUGUGCUGUGCUACUUUCUAAGUAACUUUAUUUAAAAAUAAGGGAUUUUUAAAUUGUAUAAAGUGUUGAGAAAGACUGAAAAUGUUUUUCUCAAUUCCACUGUGCCUCAUUCUCAAAACUGUUGAAAUCAGCUGUGAAAGCACUACCUAAUGCAAGAAGCAUCAGUUCACCCAAGAUGACUGAUAAAUCUCAACACAGCUCUGACCCUUCAGAGACUUACUUCCAACUUUUUAGCAUGUUAACAGUUGGUCUUACAAUGGCGGCUAUAUUUUUUAAGAAAUAAUGUUGUUAAUUAUCUAUUUUCACAUGGCGUUAGUAUUACAACCUACAUUGUUCAAACAUCAUGAAUCUGAACUGUUAUUCUGAGGCAAAGAUGACUCAUUGUGAUAAACAUUAAAAUUUUAUGUGAUUGCAGGCUUUAUCAGCGUAUUUCAGCUAUGAAAUCUUCACGGGUUAUCAGCUGAGUGGCAUUGUCUUCUAGUCACAACAUUUCAAUGGACUGCAUAUUAGACAUCUUCAGGUGAAGAUGACCUUCGCCAGAAAAUGAUGGAUACACAAUCCAUUGAAACGUUGCUACUAGAAGACACCACUCGGCUGAUAACCCAUGAAGAUUUCAUAAUUAAAAUUUUAGCAUGCCUCCAUAAUUCACUGCAACUAUUUAGCAACUGAAAGUAAAUGUGAUAUUUUAUUUCUGUGUGGUUAAUGUGAUAAGAAAUGAAUCUGUGCAAUUAUCUUUAAUAAGUUGUGUUAAGACUUUUCAUCAUAUCGGAACUGUUCAUUGCUACCAUAAAUGUAGGUAAUUCAUCAUUUGAGGCACAUAAAUUAUCACUGAUGAUCAGAUCUUGAUGAAAUUUUUGCAGCAAAUCAAGCCCACCACCUUAAGAGGCUUAUCCCAGUUCCUAGAUCUAUGUACUAAGUUUCUAACAAUUAGAGCUUGAAAUUAUGUAAACAUUGCUUUCAAAAUAAGAAAGUGACUUCAGUUGGGAGUUGUGGAAGCCUGUGGAAUAAUAUGGCCAAAAGAAAUAUCAGCAGCAUGCCUACAGACAGAUACAAUUGGCAUAUGCAGCCUCCCUUCCACAAAUAUAUUUUACACUGCACUGAUACUGUUAAACAGUAACAUAUGUUGCAUCACUCAGUGGUUACAUAUGUGCUCACAAAGGGCACAAUAUUAGAGCUUACAUGGACAACAGAACUGUUGGCCAGCAACAGUGCAGUAUUGCUGGGAAGUCAUUAUCAUACAUACUUUCUUAUUUUGACUGAGAUAGUGGAAUGUUAGGUUGUUUCACAAGAAUAGUGCUUCAGUUCCAUGCAUAUUUGGCCAUUAAAGGAAGUAGCUGUUACAUAUUUAUAUUCUAUUUUUAUAUGAGAUUUUUGUGUAUAAAAAUAGAUGACCAAUUUGUAAUAUUAAUAAACUACACUCAGUGUUUUAUAUUAAAAUACGUGAGUGUUGUACCUGCAAAAUCUAGUGAAAUAUCUUCAAAUUAUUUACUUUUGCAUUCACUCAUACUGUAGCUUCAUGGCUGAGGUCAUGUUACCAUUUUUAUAUUAAACUGCCAAAGUGAUAUUAAUUUAUUUCAGAGGCUUUGUCAGUAAAUCUAAUGGUUUCCACUUCAAACAAUUCUGUUCAGUUUAUACCAACAUGUUCUUUACAUUAAGGACUGCUAUUCUUACAUAAAAAGGUCUUCUGUAAGCGAAACAUACCUGAUACAACCUUAGAAAAUCUGGUUUUAUUGUUUUAUAUAUAUUUUUAACUUGUAUAAAUGUCACCAACCCCAAAUCUUGAAAUAUCAGUCAUAGACACUGUGAGAAUUACUAAAGAAAAUCAUGUUGAUGUUACUAGAAGAACACAUGUACAUUGGCAUUAUCUCCACAAAUCUGAGUCAUUUUUCAGUGUGCUGUUAAUUAUCUGCGAAGUAUUAAUUUCCUUGUUGUGAUGUAA